GCACCUCCUACACUUGCCCAUCCCCCUCGCCAGAAGGCAUAAAACCAUCCAGACUUGCUUGCAGCUUCACUCGAAGACGCCAUUUUGUCAUUGCGAGAAGACGCAGAGUUUGACUAAGGUUACAACAUGAGCGGAUGUCGUGUGUUCAUUGGUCGUCUAAGCCCGCACGCUCGGGAGAGAGACGUCGAGAAGUUCUUCAAGGGCUACGGACGCAUCCGGGAGAUCAACCUGAAAAAUGGCUUUGGCUUUGUGGAGUUUGAUGACCACAGGGAUGCGGAUGACGCAGUGUACGAACUUAACGGAAAAGAGCUGUGUAGUGAGAGGGUGACCAUUGAGCACGCUCGGUCCCGCCGAGGCAGAGGGGGAGGCCCAGGCAUGGGCGGGCGCUUCUCCCCGCGGUUUGGAGGAUACCGCCAGUCCCGCAGUGGGGGCUCCAGGUAUGGGCCUCCUGUUAGGACGGAACACAGAAUCAUCGUAGAGAAUCUGUCGUCCCGGAUCAGUUGGCAGGACCUGAAAGACCUGAUGAGAAAGGUGGGAGAUGUGACAUUUGUGGAUGCCCAUAGAACCAACAAGAACGAGGGGGUAGUUGAGUUUGCCACCCGCAGUGAUAUGAAAAACGCCAUCGAGAAGCUGGACGGCACAGACCUGAACGGCCGCAAGCUGAAGCUGUACGAGGACCGGAAGAGGAGCCAUAGCAGAAGCCGGUCCCGUAGCUCCUCCCGAUCCCGAUCCCGAUCCCGCUCCAAGUCAGCCAGCCGCAGCCGGAGCCGUGACAGGGAGCGUGACAGCAAGCGGUCCAGGAGCCGCUCGCGCUCUGCCAGCCGCUCGCCAGAGAAGAAGCCAUCAGCCGGACGCUCCGAAGCGCAGUCACCCUCCCGCUCCAGAUCGCCGUCACCCUCCGCCCCGAAGAAGCAGUCUCGCUCUCGCUCUGCGUCCACCGAAAGCCAGCAUUGAGGGGGGUGUGUGGGGGGUGG